AACAGGUGACGAGGGAGACACUCCCUCGAACAACAUAUCCAGGUUCCCAGUCUUCGGUGCCCGAAACAACACAAAAUAUUCAGUGCACCGUCAUCCCCUUCGUUCCCUAAUUUCGUCAGCAAAGCCGCAACCGCGGGAGUGAAAAGUGCCAAAAUUUGGUUGGGAAACAUCGGUUGAGAAGAACAAGAAAAAAAGAAAAAAAGAAAAAAAAAAAUUAAAAUAAUACUCGCGUGUUGUAAAAAGAAGCAUAAAAUCACUGUGAGUCGUUUAUCCGACGUGUUAACGGUCCGGGGUAUAUAAAAAUAAUUCAUUUUUCACUAGGCUAGAUUGAUCAUUUAAUGCGGAUCCUGUUAUCUGGCGAAGUGUUUACAUCGUUUGAUGCGGUUUUUGCGUUUACGUUAUAGUAACCGGAUUGAUCUACCGUGUUUAACAAACUCAACGAUUCCAAGAUAUUCUAUUUUUGUCAAAUUCGUGCCAACGAACCGACGCGCAAUAUUACGUAACCGUGUAACUUUCUUGUUUAACAAACAAUAAUUGUGUAAUGACACACGAUACUCGGACCCAUGGUCUGGCGGACAGUAAUUCAUGCAUGCUCACCGGUGAACAUUGCUCGAUUUAUAAAUCAUCGUGCACAACGUUUCUAAAGUAAACUGUGAGUGAAAGCAGUGAAUUAUUGAAUAGAAUUAAUUCAGCGGCAGCAUACGACAUGUAAACGUUCGAUGAGUAAUAAAUACGAGUAUUCGUACGGAAUUCUUCUUCGACUCCUGACAUGUGAUAGUAAUCUUUAAUUACAACAAGUACCAAAAUUCAAGGGGAAGAGUGAUUCAGAGACUCGAACAAUGCCCCAAGGAGGAGUUCAUUGGCAGGGAACUCAAAGAAGAGCUUGCGCUCCGGGGGCGCAUUGGAACGUGCAGGUCGUUAGAGGGAAGGUAACGACGCGCUGCUUAUGGCACGCUUGCAAAGCUCUCGGCAUCGGACUUUUGCUGAUGCUUUUGGGUGCCUGCAUGGCUACGAUCGGUUAUUACGCUGAUCAGCUGUCAAUGGCGCAGGAAAUUCGAGGCAACUUGACGGUCCGGGUGAAAAACGAGUCUCGAGGCUUUCAUUUAAACAAUCUGAGCUACGCUGGACCGAUCGUAAUGGGAGUGGGAGGUUUCAUCGUCGUGGCGGCCUGCGUGAUGACGUUCGAGGCGCGAGACAGCGCGGCGAAAGUGGUGCCGGCGCGUUUUCGUUUCAACCAGAACACGCCGUGCAAGAGCAACAAGCAGCGGAGUCGAAGGUCAACGUCGUGUCAAACGACGCGAUGGGACCACCAGCUGGGUCUGUUCCGCGUGCACAGAAGUCCGAGUCCGUCGACGCACGAGGUGUCGAGAAAACGGUUGACGGCGGAGCUGAUGCAGUUCUCGAAGAACCUGGAGGAGAAGAAUAACCCUCAGCCGAUAAAGAAGAGCCCGAGCGCGCCUAACCUUGCCGUGAAGAACUCGCCGCGUAAGAAACCCAGUCGGUACACGGGCUGCGCGCUGCUGAACGCCGAGUUGCUCAAACGGCACGCGAUGUCGGUCGAUAACGCGGCUUACAAUCCGCAAGUAAGCAGGGAAAGCCUCGAGUACAACAAGAUAUCCGAGAGCCAGGUCUCGAUGGCCAUGGAUCUCCACAUGCCGAACAAGGGGGGCCCCGUUACUCUCAAGAUAAAAGACCGAUCGGACACUGCUCAGCGCCAUCAGCUGCUCAGACAAACGAGGAUCGACGACGACGAUCUGCAGAUGGAGCUGCGCAAAGGAGCGGCCGGCGGGCACGCGGGGAAGUACCAGAGCUUCGCCAAGUACCCGGACGACUUUGUCUCUCGAAAGCGGAACUCCGUCGACCUACGGGUGCUCGAGGAGCUCGAGUUCCGGCGGAGCCCGAAGGAUUUCAGGAAGAUCUCGUCGCCGAAUUUUCGAAAAAUGUCGCUAGAUCGGGUCGGUGGUGAGGCGAGAAAGAACGACAGAACACCGGUUGGGUACAGAAAGGCGAGUUUGGACUGCCGGAAGUCCCCCGAUAUACGGAAGAAGGACUACCGGAAGUGCUCGAUGGACAAGUGCGCCGCUGAUCACUUGUCCAGCGGAACGCUGGAAAUGGAAUUUCGCCCGCGGUCCGAUACCGGGGAAUUACCUUUCAGGCGUCAUCGGCACGGCCGUCAGCUCUAUCACUCUAGGUCGGACGACAACAGGCGGAGGUCCUUCGACAAGCACAGGAGCGACUCGCAGUGCAGCAGGUUUUCAUUGAACACACAGAAUCAGCCGACUCCAGACGGACUUGCCACUUACGAGCUGAAAUACUUCGCUACUAACGCUUCUCUCGACACGGACGGGAGUCGCGGCGACGUUUCCGACGACAGUCACACCGUAGAUAUUGAGGGAAACGGACUUCCGGCUGAUGGACCGACCGAGACUGACGCUCUGCUCGAGGAACCGGAACUCGAAAAUUUGACCGAAGUGGAAGUUGAAACUUCCGGCGAUGACAUUGAUGCCCCAGAUGAGGUGGAUGAUACCUUGGAUUACAAAGUGGAUGAGCAAGGAGACGGAAAUGCGUAGUUCCGGUUAGCAAACGAAACAUGAACGAUGCCGAGCUAGCUGUCUGGAAUAAAUUUCUAUCGACGCGAUGACUUGGGUAAGAAGAGGAAAUAAAAUCGUGUCACGUAUACAUUCGUAACGAUACUACAGAUAUUCAGAGAGGAUCUGUGCAGUAAAGAUGUGUAGAUUUAUAUUCAAGCUGUACAUUGUUUAACUCAAUUCAGACAAUCAAUUUUUUAAUCUAACGGGGAGCAUUGAAAUAAUUGCUGUUUUUAUAGUUAGCUGUUGAGCGAUUGAAUGUAUAUACGGUAAUUUAAAGUUGCAUCGGAUGAGAAUAAGGAACAAUUCGUUGAUGCGCGAGUUAUGCAUUAUUCAACGGUUACUGAUUCGAUGUUGUACACUUAAGUUCGAUAAGUGAUACGAUUGUAGUAAAUACGUAGUCGUUGUCAACUCGUUGAAAGCUCAUUGAAAACGAACAACUAGUACUGUGUUCACUUAGAAUUAUUUCGAGCCUUCAAGCCUUUGUUCUUUCACUCGUCAUUGUUCAGAUAAUUUAAAUCAACACCAAUUAAAGUUCAAAGUACAAUCUGCAGUAUUUAUUUGCAUUCUUAAUCAUUGAAAAUCCGCGCUACUUUAUAUCGCGCUUAGUAUUGUAAAUUAAAUUGUGUUCUAUCAAUAGGCUCGGAAGACCUACAAAAAGUGUAAGAAAUAUAAACGCACAAACAUUGUUGAUUGUACCUUUACUCGUAUCUAGGAUCUAGUUUGAUCGUUUACACAGAUAACAGGUACAGGAGGAAUGAAUGAUAGAUAAAAUAGAUACAAUUGAUCGUUUAAACAAACUUCACGAAAGUCAAGAAUGUAACUUGACAAGGUGAUAGAUUCUGAUAAAUCCACAAGGAAGCUUACCGGGGGUUCCGGACCAGGUGAUGGAUGAAACGGGCCUUGUAGAAGUUGAUUUUCGCAAAGUAGAUGCACUCACUUCGAUAAUUCAGAGAAUUUACUCGUACGUAACGAUAAUGUCACAAGAGGAACACUUUAUGGGACAGAAACACAGAUUUUCAAUGAUCAGAUCAAUUCCGAUACGUGUAACUCUACUUGCUUGGCAAACUUCAAAUUAAUGACGAUUCGACGCAACACUGCUAUUAAUCGCACUUGAUAUUUGUUCGCUCGUAAGACGCGGUCUCGCCGAGAGACGAUUUUGAACUGAACUCUAGCGUAGACAACUGGCUAUUAUAUAUCAAGGCUGCGUUCCGGAACUGGACUGCGUAGUUAGACUUUUCGAGCAACGAAAAGUAAAUAGCUUGGUUCUCGUAGCUCCGAUCCAGUCCCCCUGGUCCGUACCCCCACCACUUUCUGUUCUCCCGAAAGCUUCGAUUGAUAUUCAACAAAUUGGUUUGUUAGAAGCACAAAAAAAAAAACAAAUCAAUAUCAAUUAAUAUCACAAAUUAUUCGUUACUUUUGCGAAUACAGAUUCGUGGCCUACUACAGUUUCACGCGUUGGCGAUUCGAUCGACGCAAUUAUUUGAAUACUUUUAGGAUACUUCCUACGGGAGGAUUUCUAUUUUGAUUAAUCAGAUUGAUUAUAGUUACGAAAUUGAUGGAGAUAAUAAGCUAGGAUUAAGCCCUAUAAUAAGAUUGUGAUCUGUAAAAAGAGUAUAGAAAAACGAAGGUAAAAAAACAGUAAAUGAAAGUAGACGAAUAUAGAGCGAUCCUGUCCAACUCGAAGAGCAUCGACUACGAUACGCUCACUUCUUUCAGAAUUCAAAAUGAAAAGGAAUUAUAUCAGGGUUUUAUAGGAAAUACGAGCUUUACUUGGAUUUGAGGCAUGAUAUGAAUUUUUUUUUUUAACUUCUGUACACAACAAGUACAGAGUUUUGACUACGAAGUAUUCGUUUCGAAUUUCCGUUGAAAUUUCAAGUGUCGUGUCAGUGUCAGGUAUUGUUGGUAAAAAUUGACACGGAGUUGAUAAAAUUGAGGAAAAUAUAAUCACGUUUUUACAGUAAACCUGGCUUUCGGGUAUAAAAAGUGCUAGACAUAAUCGAGCAAUACAAAUAGAUAUUGUGAAUAUAUACGAACGAAGUUCACUAGCUACUCUAACGGAUUCUAGGAACUACAAGACAUAUAAUUGAAAUUGACAAUCACUGGGAAAUUAAGGAGGUUAUAAUCUACGGAAGAAUUAAAGCAACCUUUUGUUUUUCGCAAUUAAUAUAACGAUUUUCUGUGUCGGUUGAAUUGAUGUUUUCUUUUUUUUUUUUCUUGUGAUAAGAUCCUCUACGAUAACAAAUUGUUAGUAAUUAACUCACGCAGGACAAGCUAAUUUAUCAAGGUGUGCUGUGCAAUUUCAAACAGUCAUGAAUACGCACAAUAUGCAUAUAUUUAUAUGUAAAGAUGUUAUAAAUUUUAGAUAAAAAUCAUUCGACGUACAUACAAAGAGAGGUGGAGAAGAAAAAAAAAAAAAAGAAAAAUGAGAAAAACAUAAAAAGCUGUGAUCAAUGUGUAUUAUGUAUGAUUUAUAUAAUAUAGAUAUACGUAAUACUUAUAGCGUGUAUGGUAUUAUAUAUUUAAUGAAAACCGUAUCGCGGCUCUACGUCGAAUUUUACACCAUACUGAGUUUACAAAAGUAUGCAAAUGCACACAUUCGCAUAGAUAAUCAAAUAUACCGCGUGUGUGUAUAAUUCGAUAUUGUUUACAUAUAUAUAUAUCACAAUCGUAUCGCAUUCAUAUAAUUGAAGCAUCAUAAAUACGUACCCACAUACAUUAUACGUACACAUAUUAUAUUAUUGUAAAGAAUUCCCGAAGAUUUUUGUAUGUUAUAUAACAAUAUAAUACACACAUAUGUG